AUGUUGUUGAGAGGAGGGGCAUUUUCGGCAUGCAAUGCUACCAUAAACGAAAACCGGAGCACCUUCGGAUUUUCCAAUUCAAUUCGCCGGAAAAAGGGGAAUGGAUUCGUGUCGUACAGUUCUUAUGGCCGCGCUCGGAAGGCCCAAUUGUUAAGGGUUCUAGCUGUGGCCACUGGGGAGGCGAAAAUCAAACAGCAGGAGUCGAGCCACGAGCCGACACUGGCGGAUCGGCUCCGACUUGGCAGCUUGGCUGAGGACGGCUUGUCGUAUAAAGAAAGGUUCAUAGUGAGGUGCUAUGAGGUUGGAAUUAAUAAGACUGCAACCGUUGAAACCAUUGCCAAUCUCUUGCAGGAGGUUGGCUGCAACCAUGCUCAAAGUGUUGGGUUUUCAACUGAUGGAUUUGCAACUACACUUACCAUGAGAAAAUUGCAUCUCAUAUGGGUGACUGCUCGUAUGCACGUUGAAAUCUAUAAAUACCCUGCCUGGAGUGACGUGCUUGAAAUAGAGACAUGGUGCCAAAGUGAAGGAAGGAUUGGUACCAGACGUGAUUGGAUUCUCAAAGAUUAUGCUACUGGUGAAGUCAUUGGAAGGGCUACCAGCAAGUGGGUGAUGAUGAACCAAGACACGAGGCGUCUUCAGAAAGUUACUGAUGAUGUUCGUGAUGAAUAUCUAAUUUAUUGUCCCAAAACACUUAGAUUAGCAUUUCCUGAAAAGAAUAAUGCUAGCCUGAAGAAAAUAGCGAAACUAGAGGACCCUGUGCAGUACUCUAAAAUUGGGCUUGUGCCAAGACGAGCUGAUCUGGACAUGAACCAGCAUGUAAACAAUGUCACAUACAUUGGAUGGGUCCUGGAGAGUAUGCCUCAAGAGAUAAUCGACACUCACGAACUGCAGACUAUUACUUUAGAUUACAGACGUGAAUGUCAGCAGGAUGAUGUGGUUGAUUCCUUGACAAGUCCUGAGUCAAUAGUGGACAACGCAAUUUUAGAGCUCAAGGGAAUUAAUGGAUCUGCUACUGGUAUGAAAGAUGAAAAGGACUGCCUUCAGUUUCUACAUCUGUUGAGAUUAUCCGAUGGCUCUGAAAUUAAUCGUGGGCGCACAGAGUGGAGAAAGAAACCUGCAAAAAGACGAGCUUUGUAA